AUGAAGAAAUUUGAACAGCUCUUCCUGCACCCCUGCCAACUUCACCGCGUUGGUUGGAGGUCGCAGAGGAUGGGAUGCUUAUAUAAGAUACCGAGCUGACCGUCUCCUUCGUUGAAGCCGGCACCGCUGCAGGGUCGCCCCAAGCCCACACCGCCCUCUCACCCUCGCUCACCGGCGGCGCUGCGAUAAGAAGUGCUACUCGGUUUCCCCUCAGCCAGAGAGACGCCGGCGUUCUUCCCUCUCUCUCUCUCUCUAGCUCGGGCAGGAAGAAGAUGAAGAAGAUGAACAGCAUCCUCUGGGUCCUGUCGUGCGGCGGGCACAAUAGCCUGCGGACAGAGUCGCUCAAGGGCAUCGAGGAGAUACUCCGGAGCGGUCUCGCUCCCAUCAUUGAAGAGGACCCAGAGAUAUUCUCCGGCGACGACGAAGAGGAGGUCAGACCGUCGGAGACCGCCAAGACCGCCAAGAAUGCCAGUGCCGCUGAGAGGAGGCGCUGGACUGCUGGCAUAUCCACCUCGCUGACGAAACAUCGAUCCUCCGGCAUACUGAGCAUCUACGUGCGCUUCAUGAACGAUUUCGCUUCCAAACCGGCCAUGGUGGGUUUGAGCAGAUUCUAA